AUGGCUCGUACCGAAAAUCAGGAAUGGCCAAUAUUGAAACAUUAUGAUAAAGAUCACUUAUUUAAUAUUGCUUUACCGUUAGGUGGGAUUGGAACAGGAUGUGUAUCGUUGGGUGGUCGCGGUGAACUGCGAGACUGGGAAAUAAUGAAUAAACCAGCAAAAAAAUUCAGUACAGUUACAACAGGAAAUGAUGCACCAUUUUUUGCCAUUUUUGUUCAACCUCAAGACGGUCAGUCGAUAACAAAAGCUUUAAUUGGACCUAUUGAUGAAGUAGAACACAUGCACAUGGCUGGCAGACCUGUUAAUCAUCAUGGAUUACCUCGGUUCGGUAACGCGUCGUUCGAUGCCGCCUAUCCAUUUGGUCAAGUUAAUCUCUCUGACGAUAAUAUGCCGAUAUUAGUAAAAAUUAAAGGAUAUAAUCCUUUGAUUCCAGGAAAUGAUGAUUUAUCUGGCAUACCAAUUGCUGUUCUCUACUAUGAAGUAACAAAUACUAGUGAUAAAUUGUUGGAUGUGGCUGUGUGUGGUACAAUGAGAAAUUUUGUUGGAAAUGAUGGGUCAAAAUACAAUACUGGUGGUGAUGGUGAUAUUUAUCCAUACGGAUCAAAAAGUAAUACAAACGUUUUCAAACAACAAGAUGAAUUACAAGGAAUUUAUAUGUAUUCUGAUAAUGUUGAUAAAAAUGAUGCAGCAUGGGGGACAAUGGCUCUUUCAACAAAUUGUACGACUGGCACUGUUAGUUAUCGGACAUCAUCGAGUUCAAAUGAUUGGAAUCACGCUGUUCUUGAUUUUUGGGAUGACUUCAGUGCUGGUGGAAUUUUGCAUGAAAAAGAUAAACUGAUUGAUGAUGAUCCCAUGGCGAGUUUGGCUAUUAAACAAACAAUUUCUGCUGGUCAAACGGUGUGUUUUCCGUUUUAUAUUACAUGGAAUUUUCCGAAUCGUUAUGCUUGGUGUGCAACGAUUGUUGGCAAUUAUUAUUCAACUCAAUAUAGCGAUGCAUGGGACGUAGUUUUAAAAACUCAUCCACUUUUAUCCGAAUUAGAAGAAUUAACUCUUCAAUUUGUCAAUACUUUUCUGGCUAGUGAUUAUCCUGGAGUAAUAAAAGAAGCAGCACUGUUUAAUUUAACCACAUUACGUUCGCAAACAGUUUUUCGUUUACCAGACGGACAUAUGAUGGGCUGGGAAGGUACUUUCGAUGUAGUUGGAUCUUGUUUCGGAAGUUGUACACACGUCUGGAAUUAUGAGCAAGCGACAGCUUUUCUUUUCGGAGAUCUUGCUCGAAGUAUGCGGGAUGUUGAAUUAAACUACGCAACAAUGCCAAAUGGUGAAAUGAAAUUUCGAGUAUCAUUACCAUUAACAGCACCACAAACUUGGUCGGGUCCAGCAACAGACGGUCAAAUGGGUUGUGUGAUGAAAAUGUAUCGCGAUUGGCAGUUAUCAGGUGAUAAUGACUUUUUACAACAAAAUUGGCAACAACUGAAAAAAGUGUUGAGUUUCGCUUGGCUUCCGGGUUCAUGGGAUGCUGAUCAAGAUGGUGUAAUGGAAGGUUCUCAGCCAAAUACAAUGGAUGUGAAUUAUUUCGGACCGAAUCCACAAUGUAACUUUUGGUAUCUAGGAGCUUUGAAAGCUGCUACUUUAAUGGCUACAUUUGUAAAGGAUAAAGACUUUGCCAAUAAAUGUAAUAAUUUGUAUGAACAAGGUAGUAAAUAUAUGGAUGAUAGUUUGUUUAACGGUGAAUAUUACGAACAAAAAAUUAUUGAUCCAAAAAGCGGAAAAUAUUUAAAAAUAGACGAUCCUAAUGUGCCUGAUUAUCAGUUGGGAAAUGGAUGUUUAGUAGAUCAAUUAGUUGGACAAAUGUUUUCACAUAUUUGUGGACUGGGCUAUUUGGCUGAUACUCAUAAUAUUCAAAAAACAUUGCAAAGUAUAAUGAAAUAUAAUUAUCUCGAUAAUUUUCAAAACCAUUUUAAUAAUAUGAGAUCGUUUGUGUUGGGUAAUGAAUCUGGGCUUUUAAUGGCUUCAUGGCCAAAAGGAAGAUUAAAAGUACCAUUCCCAUAUUUUAGUGAGUCAAUGACUGGUUUUGAAUAUACAGCAGCAACGGGAAUGAUCUACGAAGGACAAAUUGAAAAUGGCCUAAAAUGUAUUCAAAGUAUACGUAAUCGAUUUGAUGGUCGUAAACGAACGCCUUUUGAAGAGCCCGAAUGUGGGCAUCAUUAUGCUCGAUCGAUGACAAGUUGGGCAGCUGUACUUGCUUGGAGUGGAUUCUCUUAUUCUGGUGUGGAAAAGUCUAUGACAUUUGCCGAUAAGAUUGGUUAUUAUUUUUGGUCUAAUGGGUACGCAUGGGGAUCGUGUACAAUACUUAGAAAUAAAGCAUGUCUAACCGUAUUAUAUGGUGAAAUUGAAUUGUCGCAAUUUUGCAUAAAAGGAAGACCAAUUAAGACAUUUGAAAUCAAAAAAAUUUCGAAAAAUAUGUCAGAAACAUUUGUCUUUUAA